AUGUCAAUCUCUGGAGAUGUUUUUGAGCCAUGCAUUGUGAGGAAGAUGCUGAAGAACCUGGCAGGAACACUGGCCGAGAAGCGACAGUUUGAGAGCAAUUGGAAGGCGAAUGUUGAUAAACGCUUGAAAGGCUGGCUUAACCACCAAGACAAGCAGUCAAGGAGCAGGCACCAGCUAGAAUGGGAGGCCGAGAUUGUUGAAUACGUGGACUACCUUCAUCAGCGAACCUCAUUGCACAAGAAUUCGAAAGCACCAGUUGCUCCUAGUCUCGGAACAGAUAUUCCCCUUCUUGGGCCGCGUUUUUUCCCACCAACAUAUCUGCACUUCAUGAGAAGGAUCAUUCACCUGGUGUUCUAUCCCAGUGCUCUAGAUGGCUGCCCUGCAUGUGGGUCAAACGAGACUUUAUGGGAUGGUUGGACCGCAACUGGUGCCCAUGAGGUCAUGGAGUUCGGAGAGAAGAGCGCGCACUUGGAUAUCAGCUCCGCUGCAAGGAGUGCAAGGCCAAAUAUGGGAAAGGCGGCUCAGAGCAGAGUGAUGAGCCAAACGCACCAGGGUACUGCUUCGCAACAACUAGUUGUCUAUUCUGGAAAAAGUGGGAGCACUGGAGAAUACCAAUCGAAUUACGACCAUCAUCAAUGUCAGCUGGUCUUGCAGAACAAUUCAAGCAUAAAACUGCACCUGCUAGAGUAUUAUGAGCGAAAACUGGAGUACCUCUCCUGCUUCGAAGCUGCCCAUCUUCACCCAUUUCCAGGCCAGAGAACCAACCUUGAGAUGUUUUCUGAGCCUGGUCAGGAAAGCGGCUACAGUGAUGCCUUCAUAACCAACGACUUGAUAACGGAUAUCUACCUUGACUUCAUUAAGAAGACGCGUGAGGGAGAAUCCCACAAUUACUGUCAGACGAGAACAGGGAAAUGCCUCUCGCUUGACAACACUUUCAGGUCUGCUAAAAAGGCAGUAAUACUUGAAAAGGAUAAGACUCAUACCAAAAUGUUUAAGGGUGGCAUUUUGAGUGUCAUCAAUGAAAGAAGUGAAACGCUGGCCUGGAGUGCCUCUCCAGAAGAAACCCGCGUAGUCUUGGAGGGAAUAAAGAAGCGCCACGACGUGCUUCAAGUCCCACAGCCAAACACUGUUGUUGUUGAUAACUGCUGCCAGGUCCGUUGGCAUGUGUCGGGUGGGCUGCCAGGCUCAGAUGUUGUUCUUGACGUGCAUCAUUUCAUGAGUCGAUAUGGCAGUGUCCUCAUAAAUGGAGCACGAAAUCCAUACCGAAGCCAAGUCCUUCUAGACAUCCGAAAUUCCAUAAUAAAACAACCAGCUGGAAAGAAUGGGCCAGCAAAGUAUUGGGAAAAGGAUGAGCAGGAGGAGAGACUUGAGCAUGCGUUUGAGAAAUGGUUGAAGCACGGCAAUAUCUGGUUGACGCAGGCAUCAAAGGUCCAUACUGAUCAGCUGGCCCAUGUUAAAAAAGGGUGCCUUGCUCGCCGCUGUCAGGAUAUCGCAUCAGAUGGCAGCCGAAUCGAGGGCUCUCAUAAGGCAUGGAAUUUGCUGCAGCGAGCACAACCGAGUGGGCUGGAAGUUUAUGCUGGUCUUGCCCAUGACUUUGUCCUCCGCCAAAAUUUGCGUAUUGGGUCCACCCGUCUCAAGAACGCCAAAAAUCUGACAACAGCUGAUCAAUUUGCAUUAUCAGCACAUGAGUCUCAUCAUAUUUCCCUCGUUGACUUUGCGGCUCACCUUUUCAACUCUCUUUACCAGAAAGAGCCGCUGCCAUCAAAGCAGAAGCUGCGUCUUUCCCCUACUCUUCCACGAGUUGCAAGUGGAGAGACUUUUGGGCUUGUGGUCUCUGAGAAUACAACUUCAUUUGGCAGGCUCUUUGUAGUCAAGGAUGAGCCUGAGCUUGACCCCGAUUUACAGAUACUCGAUGAGAUGUUGAGUGACAGAGACGGCGAUGGCGAUGGUGAUGGCAGCAUUGUUGUAAUGGGCUCUGGACCUCCAACGAGCAGCAAGGGCAAGCGAAAGGCUGACGCUGAUCAUGUUACAGUUGAGGGCGAGGGUGGCUCUGUAACAGGUGCGGCUGAAAGUCCACCGGCUGCAAAGCGUUUACGCCAAGUCGAUGGCUCGGAGAAGGCAGAAGCAAUGUCCUUGAGCCUGCUCUCAAUUAUGGACAUAAGUUCAACAGAGGAACAAGCCAUCCAUGACCAUGCAAUCACUGCUCCAGCACCGCAGUCGCAAAGGAGCGAAGUCGAUAUGUUCUUCAGACCGGUAUUGACGAAAAACCAAACUGAGCAAAGUCUUGGACCUUUGGUGAACAUGACUGGAAAUCAAGUUCAUGCUAAAGAAACACUGGACUCACUAACAGCCCCUCUAUCCAAACCACCAGCGCAGUCAAACCUGACACGUUCUCAGCUCCUGUUCUCUGUCGCAACUUCGAUAAAUCCACUAUCCCUCUCAAUCAAAGGGAAGAGUGAAUUUUUCUUGUUCAUGGACAUGCGCGCUGAAUUUCAGUGGGUGACCUUCUCGAUGACAUCUCAGAAAUGGGUUUCUGCGACUCAGCUGUUUAAUUCGUGUCUGGAGACGCAGGGGAAGGUGAACAGGGAGGCCGUGGUAAAGAAGAAUCCACGAGCCCUGAUGGAGAAGCUUGGGGAAGUUGAAGCCAUAAUUGUGAAACACGUCGCGACAAAAAACUACACCUCCCAACGUAGCGGCACUGAAAUCUUCUGGCAAAAGCAUUGCACUACUGUGCAGGCGGUGAUAAAAUCGGAGGGUGUCGACGCAAAUGUGAACGCAGGUCCUGCGAUCAGAAAGCGUAAGGUCGCAAUAUGCUCGCGGUGCAAGGCAGUCAUGUAUCCAGGUCCAACCGGAGCACCCGAAAACCACAGGAAGGGGAUUUGUGCUGAUGGCGUUCGUCAGAAGGCCAAAGCAGAUACCACCGACCAGUCGUUGCCUGAGUGGCCACAACCCAUAGGUAUAUUCACUGAUGGAGUUCAGUUCCAUCUGCUCAAGUUCCUUUCCACCGUCCGGGAGUUAUACGACAAGGUUUUUGAAGAUGCCACCAGCAGCUGUGGUCAAGAAUUCUCGAUGGAAGACGAGGCAUUUGCAAUGAUGCUGAACUCCCGCAUUCAAUUUGUUAAUGGCCGUGCUCUCUUUUGUUUAUUUGACCUAGUCAACAUGCCUGGGACACCCGAGUCCCUCUUGAUCAGGUGA